CUAAAAAGUAUAUUCCUAUUUUACAACCGUAGCCGGUGUUUCACCUGUAGAAUAUAUAUAUUUUUUUUUUUCCCCUAACAAAAACAAAAACUUCCGCUUGUCAAACUUGCCCACUUCCGGCGCAAUACGUGUGGCAACUUUUGCUUUCAUUGUCGACUAGAGAGAUGCAAAGAACAGUGCUACCCCCCGUCGGGCCCACAGACCUGCCCCUCUCCCUCCUGGAGAUGGGCUGCUCCGGGCGGUUCGAGCUCAUCACCCACCCGCUCCCAGGAGACCAGCCGCUGCCUCCACAGAGCACGCUCCCAUGUGGCCUCCCUCCCACCAGCGUAGACUUGAAGACAGAAGUAAAGAGGCAAUUUCUGUCCGACCCCGCCUGGCUGCCCCUCCACGACAUAGACGCUGCCUUCCACAGGUUCCUCAAGGUGUCCCACAGGGACGUGCAGGUGGAUAAGCUGCUGCAGUGCUCCCCCUCACCGCUCCACUCCGGUCUGUCGGUGGUCCGAGACCCCACCACUGGCCUGCUGCUGGACUUCACAGAGGUGCUGCUGGAGGACACGGGCCUGUCUGCCAAGAACUCCCUGUCCUUCCAGCGCCAGCCUGGCCCCCCCGCAGAGAGCCUGCGUGGCAGCAACACCAACUUCCCCUUCCUGCCGGGAGGCAUGGAGGAGCUCAGCCUGGAGCAGAUCCAGAAGAGGACGGCGCUGGAGGAGGACAUCGACUUUGAGAGCGGUCUCCUGCAGGUCCCCCCUGGACUCAAAGCAGGGAUGGACUUCAGCGGCAAAGACGCCACCUUGGCCAAGCCAGAGGUGAACCUCAUGACGCUGCUGUCCUCCUUUGAUGACAUCAUGACUCUGGAGCCAGAGGUGGUGGAGCAGGAAGUGGGCGGAGGUGGAGCGGAGAAGGCCAAGCUGCCCCGCACCAACAGCCUGGAAGACCUGGGCAUCAAGGACACCGGGCCGCCCGCUGCAGCCUCGGUGAAGGGGGUGGAGGCCAAGGCUAAACCACCGGGGGAGCCAGAGAGCACCAAGAAAUGGGCCAUCCCCGUAGACAUCUCCUCCCCCUGCCUGGACUUCUACAAACGUAUCCCAAACCCCGCCUUCAAGUGGCCCUUCGAGCCGGACGUCUUCCAGAAGCAGGCCAUCCUGCGGCUGGAGGCCCACGAGUCGGUUUUCGUAGCGGCACACACCUCCGCCGGCAAGACGGUGGUGGCCGAGUACGCCAUCGCCCUCUCCCAGAAACACAUGACCAGGACGAUCUACACCUCCCCCAUCAAGGCCCUGUCCAACCAGAAGUUCCGAGACUUCAAGAACACGUUCGCAGACGUGGGGCUGUUGACGGGCGACGUCCAGAUCAGCCCCGAGUCCUCCUGUCUCAUCAUGACCACCGAGAUCCUCAGGUCCAUGCUGUACAACGGCUCAGAGGUCAUCCGGGACCUGGAGUGGGUGAUCUUCGACGAGGUCCACUACAUCAACGACACCGAGAGAGGCGUGGUGUGGGAGGAGGUGCUAAUCAUGCUGCCGGACCACGUUAGCAUCAUCCUGCUGAGCGCCACCGUGCCCAACGCCCUGGAGUUCAGCGAGUGGAUCGGUCGCAUCAAGAAGAAGCACAUCUACGUGAUCAGCACGGCCAAGAGGCCGGUGCCGCUGGAGCACUUCCUGUACACGGGGAACAGCAGCAAGACGCAGAAGGAGCUUUUCCUGCUGCUCGACCCCACCGGGAACUUCCUCACCAAAGGGUACUACGCGGCGGUAGAGGCCAAGAAGGAACGCACAAGCAAACACGCCCAGUCGUUCGGCACCAAGAACGCGUCCCAGUCCACGACAGCCAAUCAGGACAAGGCGCAGUGGCUCGCCCUGCUCCACUUCCUGACGUCGCGGCAGCAGACGCCCGUGGUGGCGUUCACCUUCUCGCGGACGCGCUGCGACGACAACGCGCGCUCGCUGGCCUCCAUGGACAUGACCAGCUCGGUGGAGAAGGCCGAGAUCCACUCCUUCUUCACCAAGAGCAUCAGCCGGCUCAGGGGCGCCGACCGCAACCUGCCCCAGAUCCUGCUGAUGAGGGACCUGCUGAAGCGCGGCGUGGCGGUCCACCACAGCGGCAUCCUGCCCAUCCUGAAGGAGGUGAUCGAGAUGCUGUUCUCGCGCGGCCUGGUGAAGGUGCUGUUCGCCACCGAGACCUUCGCCAUGGGCGUCAACAUGCCCGCCCGCACGGUGGUGUUCGACAGCAUCCGGAAACACGACGGCACCGGCUUCAGGAACCUGCUGCCCGGAGAGUACAUCCAGAUGGCGGGCCGCGCCGGUAGGAGGGGCCUCGACGCCACGGGAACCGUCAUCAUCCUGUGUAAGAAGGGCGUGCACGACAUGGCGGACCUCCACGUCAUGAUGCUGGGUAAGCCCACGGUGCUGCAGUCCCAGUUCAGGCUGACCUACACCAUGAUCCUCAACCUGCUCAGGGUGGAGGCGCUCAGGGUCACGGACAUGAUGAGGAGGAGCUUCUCCGAGAACCACCGAGACACCCAGGCCCAGGAGAAGAGGAUCAGGGAGCUGAAGGAGGUGCUAUCCACUCUGCCUCCUCUGGAGACGGGAGGCCAGCUGUCAGACCUGGUGCCCUACUACCACAUCGUCACCGAGCUACGGCUCACUGCCAGUGUCCUACAGCGGGCCACCCUGGAGUCGGUCAGUGGUCUGAAGGCCCUGUCUACGGGCAGAGUCAUCGUCGUCAACAGCAACCAGCAUCCCAACGCCCUCGGAGUCAUCCUGCAGGUGUCCAGUGACUCUGUGAACCGGACCUUCACGGCUCUGAUCAUCUGUGAGAAGGGGAACGAGGAAGAGGAGGGCAGCUCCUCCAACCCUGCUCCUCCUCCCGUCCACACCUCUGCCCUCUUCAUCCCAGAAGGGCCCUGCAGUCACACAGUCCAGAAGUUGAAGCCCACGGAGAUCUCCGGCAUCACGGUGAAGACCCUGAAGGUGAUCCCCGACCGCAUCAUCGACAACUACAGCAAGAGGCAGCAGCCGCGCUUCAGGCACGACCCCCCCGGGCAGGCCAUCUCCACGGCGACGCAAGAGCUCCUGCGAUUGGCCGAGGCCAACCCGGACGGGCUGGCGACCCUGGACCCCGUGAACGACCUCCAGCUGAAGAGCGUGGAGGUGGUGGAGGCGUCCAUGAGGCUGCGGGCGCUCAACGACGGCCUCAAGGACUUCAACUGCACCAACUCCCCAACCUUCACCGAGCAGUUUGCUCGUGUGCAGGAGAGGUUCGGUGUGCAGGAAGAGCUGGACAAACUGCUCUUCCUGGUUUCUGACCAAUCGCUGUCCCUGCUACCCGAGUACCACCAGAGGAUCAAGGUGCUCCAGACGCUGCAGUACGUGGACGCGGGCGGGGCGGUGCAGCUGAAGGGGCGCGUGGCAUGCCAGAUCAGCUGCCACGAGCUGCUGCUCACCGAGCUGCUGUUCGAGAACGCCCUGAGCUCCCUGGAGCCGGAGGAGAGCGCCGCCCUGCUGGCCUGCCUGGUGUUCACCCAGAAAACGCAGGUGGUCCCGCACAUCACCAAGACCCUGCAGGAGGGUAUCAAGCAGGUGGUGGCGGUGGCCCAGCGGAUCGGGGACCUCCAGAGAGACUGCGGUAUCGGCCAGUCGGCCGAGGACUUUGUGGCUCAGCUGAAGUUCGGUCUGACCGAGGUGGUGUACUGCUGGGCCCGGGGCAUGCCCUUUGCGGAGAUCGCCCAGCUGACGGACGUGCAGGAGGGCACGGUGGUGCGCUGCAUCCAGCGUCUGGACGAGGUGCUGAAGGAGGUGCGGCAGGCCGCGCGCAUCAUCGGCGACUCUGUGCUGGGGAGCAAGAUGGAGCGCGCCUCCCUGGCCAUCCGCCGGGACAUCGUGUUCACCGCCUCCCUCUACACCCACUGAGGGAGGAAGAGCAGGAGGAGAGGAGGAGGAGGAGGAGAGCUCACCGCCUCCCUCUACACCCACU